AUGGCUUCAUCGUACCCAAAAACCCCAACCGGCAUAAAAGUCAUAGUCGUAGGCGCCGGUUUCGCCGGCCUAACAACAGCAAUCGAAUGCCACCGGCAAGGCCACUCCGUGCGCAUCUACGAAUCCUUCCCCACCCUCAAGUCGCUAGGCGACAUAAUCUCCUUCGGCGCCAACGGCGGGCGGAUCUUUGCUCGCUGGUCAGACGGUGCCAUUGCUCGCAAACUGCGCUCAUUGUCCAUUGACUUGUCGGAGUACGGCUUUCGUAUUCACAAGUAUGAUACCGGCGAAGUGGUCCAUCAUCAACCUACCCCUCCACAAAAUCCGGAGGCGCCGGUUUUUAAUGGCCAUAGGGGCGAACUGCACCAGGUUGUGUUUGAGUAUGCUAGGGAUGAGUUGGGGAUUGAAGUGCACUUGGGGAGGAGAGUGGAGGGGUAUUUUGAAGAUGGGGAAAAGGCGGGGAUUGUACUUGGUCAUGGGGAGAGGGUGACUGCGGACAUCGUAAUCGGCGCUGAUGGCGUCCGGUCAAAAGCCCGCCACUUAGUUCUUGGGUUUGAAGAUAAGCCUAAGAGCAGCGGGUAUGCCGUUUGGCGAGCUUGGUUCCCAAACACCGACAUGAUUGCCGACUCCCUCACCCGCGAGUUCUGCGCCAACGGCGAUACUUUCAACGGCUGGAUCGGUCCCGACGUGCACUUCCUCUUCAGCACCAUCAAGAACGGCUCCGACUGCUGCUGGGUGCUCACCCACCGCGACGAGCACGACAUCGACGAGUCGUGGUCCUUCCCCGGCAAGCUCGAAGACGUUUACAAAGUGCUGGAAGGGUGGGAUCCCGUCUGCAAAGCCAUUGUCGAGAAAACACCCUCGCUGGUGGACUGGAAGCUGGUCUAUCGAGAUCCGUUGCCGACGUGGGUGAGUAAGCAUGCUCGGAUUUUGCUGGUGGGAGACUCGGCGCAUCCGUUCUUGCCGACCAGCGCCCAGGGGGCAACGCAGGCGAUGGAGGAUGGGGUUACUAUUGCUGUUUGUUUGAGGAGGGCGGGGAAGGAGGGGGUGCAGGCUGCUGUUAGGACUCAUCAGGAGAUUAGAUACGACCGAGUGAGAGCUGUGCAAAAAACUGGGGAGACAACGAGGGACAGAUGGCACAAGACUGAUUGGGAAAAGGUUGCGAAAGACCCAAAGAGCAUUGCCUUUCCUCGGGAGGAUUGGAUUCAUCAACAUGAUGCCGAGAAGCAUGCCGAGGAGGUGUUUGAUGAGAUCUUCAAGAGGUUUACUGGUCCAGAGAAGGAGAGAACUGAGCCAUUGCUUCACAAGGAGGAGCCGGUAGCGGUUGCGUGA